AUUAAAGUUAUUUAUACAAAAAAAUACUGAUCACUACGUAUAGCGUUUAAGUGGUAUGUACUUUAAGUGACAUACCGGGUAUUGAUUAACCGACUUCUAUAGAUAGCCUUUACGUUAUAUAUUGAUUGAGUUAUAGAGCAGAGUUUACAUGGGUAAGGCACGUUAAUUUUUAAAAGAUAAUUACAGUUAACAAAGGAUGAUAUUUUAAGGAAGACAUACCUAGGAGUCUCAUACCAUAAAUGUCUCGGCAGAAACUCGGUCCAUACAUCAGGAAGAUAGACUACCUAUCCGCAAAAGAGGACAGCGAGUAUACAGAUGACGAGGUUACCCCUAGCAACAAGUUAGUGGAGUUUGUUGACCUCUGCAGUAAUGACGAAAAGUUUAGCUGGGAAGAGCUUAAGGAUGCGUUUGCGGCGUUCCGGGAGAAAGUGUGUAUACCCAAAUUUCCAGGGAGACAUUCUCCUCCGCACUGGGUGGCUUAUACAACAGCAACCCAGCUUAAUAGAUUAUCAAGGGAUUUCGAAGACGACGUGGGCAAACAAAGAGAGAUAGGUCAUGAACUGAUGUACACAUGGCUGGCUUUGCUUUGUGCCAAACCAAGCUCUGGACACUUAGAUCUAAUGGAUGCAUUUACUGGCGAUCUGUUUGAAAAAUAUAUAGAGGGCUGCAAAGCUGACGAACUGGUCAAGAUAAUGACCCGGAUGAAAAUCAAGUUCCACUACGAUGAAAAGAAUGAAACGGAAGAGGAACAAACAUAUGCAAGUUUCCUUAACGACAGGACAAAGAUAUUUUUCGAGUAUUUCACAGAAGAACAGUGUUCAGAGCAGACUGUGAUAAGAGCGUUUUUUGAACUACGGAUGUUCUAUCAGGAACAAAUCUCAAAACUUUCGCCCGAGAUGGCAGAUUAUGUUGGCUAUUUAGUACGUGAUAUGGCAGAUAAAUUUCCGGAAGAAGUAAGAUGACUCUGUUUUUAGUUUAUUUUUAGAUCAUUGUUCUAUGCUUCCGGUUAUAUAAGCAAAUCAAAACGCCAAUUGAUACAAUCGAGAGACUGUUCGGAUUUGUAAGCCGGCCACUGAUUGGUUGAAAUUUGUCAUUAAUGCCAAAGAACAAAAAAACUUUUUUAAUCGAUUUAUUUCGGCGAAGACAGUAUUUAUAUGAAUUAAUGUGACAAAAAAUAAUGUUAAGGAAAACAAUAUUUAGAAUAGUGCACCAGAAAUUGCAAAUCACAACGCAGACUGGAUAAUUUUCAUAAGUCAUACUUAUUGCACUGAUUGUAUGAAAACAACAACAACAACAAAAAAAAAACGAAUAA